GACAACGAAAACGUCAAAAUUUCAUGAUGCAAAGAUGACGUCAAGAAACGAAUAUUGUCCUCUGUUAAAGUUUAUGAUUAAUGUGUUCAACCCUAAAGCAACCAAGAAAACUCCUUCUAAUCUCGUGAUUCCCACCCUCCCAACAGAAUGUAUGCAACAAAUCUUUAAAAAUAUUGUUGAUCAAGGCGAGUCGUUGUACCCUUUCCUCUUGGUAAAUCGAUAUUGGUGUAAGAAUGUGGUGCCACUCUUGUGGUCGGAACCAUUUGAAAAUUUGCUGCCAGAGAAUCGAUUUAAGAUUGUGUGCGUCUACCUGAGCUCCCUCGAUGAACAAGAACGAUUGGAAUUAAAUUCCUCGUUGAAACCUUAUGACAUUCACAUACCAAAAAAGGAAACUCCCCUAUUUCAUUAUCCUGUUUUAUUAAAGAAAUUUUCAUUCAAGGAUUUGGAGAUGAUUGUUCAUUCAUUCGUUUACAGUCGAAGCUGCGAUCGCUGCACAGCUAAAGAUUUGGAUGAUCAAAUGACCAUCAUUACCUCAUCCUUGUGUAGGCUAUUCUUAAGAAAUUCUUCCAGUCUAAGAUCAUUCAAGCUUGACAAAUUUUUAAGUCAUUCCGAUAUACCAGAAUGUGGUAGAAUUCUUGAUUCCUCCUCUUGGGAAUCAAGCUUAUCAAACAUCUCAACCCUGGAGAUCGAUUACGCAUCAACUCCAAUUAUGAAGAACUCCAUUCAUAUCUUAAAAAUUAUCGCAAAGCUGUGUAAACAGAUUCGAAUAUUGGACGUUAAAGUCCAACCAUACGUGGAUGUUAAUCACGAGAUCACAGAAGGAAUUGCCAAUAUUAUACGGUCACAGGCGGGUCUGAAGGAAUUUAGUUUGGACGGAGUUGACAAGGAGGAGUCAAGUGAGAUAAUAUUGGCGUUGCGAACCCAGGCUCCGACUUUAACAGCAAUCAAAUUUGAGAAUGUCAUUAUGACCACAACCUCCUUACUCUCUCUCACGCAUUGCGCCAACCUCAAAUCCCUGUCCAUACUAAAUUGUCGAGGACUGACGAUCGACGAUAACAACGAUAAUUUUUGGAAUAAAAUUAAAUUCAACCUGACAAAAUUAUACAUCGCCAAUUCACCGAGAAAUCCGAGAAUUCCCGCACAAAUUAUAAAUUCUUCUGGCGGAGAAACGCUGAAUGAACUAACUUUCGACGUGAUAACCCCCGAAACAGUCGACGCAACAAUAAAAAAUUGUCCGAAAAUUACAAACCUGACUUUACUCAACUAUCAACCCCGACAACACAAUCUGCUCCUGAAUUCUUUAUUCCAAAAUCUAGUUCACAUCACCCAUCUCACGCUGCACUUGAGCCACAAGAGUAAAAGUUUUGAGAAUAUGAUCAUCCCGGGAAAAAGUUUACCACCAAAUUUGGAAUACCUGAAGCUGAAAUGUGGAUUUACCACCGUGCAAUUGGAUGGGUUGUUGAACGACUGCGGCGAGAAUGCCAAGUUGAAAGUCUUGAUCAUUGACUUUAUGAAAGCUUUGCAUUUGGAUCUGAAGGUGAUCUUGAAAUUCGUAAAAUGCAGGCGGACGUUGAGAUAUUUGGGAAUCGGCGGAGCCGCGGGGUGGAGUGGUGAAGAGAUGAAAGAAUUGGAGGGAUUGAAAGAGAAAUUUGGUGUGCAGGUAAUACCUUGGCACGAGGUUGACAAAUGGUAA